AAUGAAGAACUUUCAGAAGCUAGUUUUUCUCACCAUUGCUGCCAGUUUUGUUGUUCUUGCUCUUCUACCAUCUGCGAGCUCAUCUAGCAACGAAGGGAAACCAGUGAUUAAUCACAAGAAAGAGACUCAUAACAACCAAAAGUUGAGCAGUGAACUUUCCUCUGAAAUUACAGUCCAUGGCUUCCUCCUUUGGGCUUCAAUGGGGUUCCUAAUGCCUGUUGGUAUACUUGUUAUCAGAAUGUCCAAUAGAGUUGAAUGUGGGAGAAGGCAAAAGCUUAUCUUCUAUUUCCAUUUUAUUUUCCAGAUAAUAUCAGUACUCCUUUCCACAGCAGGAGCAAUCUUGUCCAUAAAAAAUUUUGAUAACUCCUUUAGUAACAACCAUCAAAGGAUAGGCUUGGCUCUUUAUGGCAUGAUAUGGGUACAAGUCUUAAUUGGCCUUUUCAGGCCUCAAAGAGGGACUAAAGGAAGAAGUAUGUGGUAUAUUGCUCACUGGGCACUUGGAACUGGAGUUUCUACGUUGGGGAUCAUCAACAUAUACACUGGCCUACAAGCCUACCAGAAGAAGACAUUGAGAAGUACAAGGCUUUGGACUUUACUUUUCACUGCCGAGAUAAUCUUCAUUGGAUUCCUCUAUCUGCUCCAAGACAAAUGGGAUUAUAUGCAAAAACAAGGAGUGAUUUUGAGUAAUGACCCCGCCAUGUCCACAGAUCCACUGAUUUCUCCAACAGCCAACCAAAAGGAAAUGAAUGUACUUUGAUAAAAACCAAUAUUAAAGACUCCUUUCAACUAACAUGGGAUUCUUUGUCUUUCCUGGGUUUUCUUUCUCAGCUAUGAGACUGGAUUUCUUAAAAUUGAUGAGACCGAACGAAGCAUGCUUCAUUG